UUUGGGAUCUACAAUGCAUCGAUUGUUAUAGGGCAGCGGUGCACGAAACAAUGGCAAGCCGAUUCUACUUACUCUUUGCGCUUUCCCGAAAGCUAUCUCAGCGACUUAAUGGCCAGCACCUAAUAUACGUAGGGGACUUUCCGUUUCUGGUGGACUCUCGUCGCCCUCAUCCUCACGUUGUCCUUCACCCCAUCAUUCUCCUUUGCAACGGGUUUUAUCGACCUUUUUGUCUCAGUCCAACUUAUCCGCACCACUUACCUCCAAUCCAAGUAUGCUCCCCUCAAUCCCCGUUCCUGCAGCGAGCCUGGAAUCGUGGAAUACAGGGCCAAUCUUCCAUUACUUAAGCCGAGCUUCUCCAGUCAUGUUGCAGGAGUUGCCUCGAACCAAGACAACUUCCACGAAAUUUGCAAAAGUUAUGCAAUCCAAUACCGAUACGGCAUAAGCAUCUCCACCGUCUAUGCCUUCAUGGCGGCCACAGGCAUCGUUUAUCUUGCCAUCCACAUCUGGAAUCUUAUCCUUGUGUUUUCCGGAUUUGAACUUGGCUGGUCAUGUGUAUACUACGACAUAGAGGGGAACUUCCUCCGCUUUGCCGUCCACAUCGUUCAAGUACCGAGGUGGAUAUUCUGGAUCUUCGCACUACCGAUCUACUACUUCCCACUUGUUCUAUUCCGCACCAUCGUCCAUAGGGAUGUCCAGGCACUCCUGCGCUACCCUCCGCGCCUCGCUCUCAAGAUAUAUCAGCGUUUGGCACAGCGCGCCGAAGCACAAAAACGUCCUGCCAAUGCCGCGACCGAACUUCUCGAUCUCACGCCACUCCCCAACACGCCAAAACCACCAUUAGCCUCCCUCCUCUCCACCUACGACAUCCUCCUCCUCAUCGCAGCCAACCUCCACUACUCCGACUUCCGCAACCUAACCCUCGCGUCCCGCCACGUGCGCCACGCCGCCCUCCACCGCCUUCCCCCAGAUCACUACAUCCGGUACACCUGCCACCCGGACGAAAGGACAGGCCGCAUCCGCUGCUUUCUGUGCGACAUCCCCUGCUGCACGUCCUGCUGCACAUUCACUCCUAUCCGCCAAUCACCCCUUCCAUUCCACCUCGAGAGCUGCAGGCCCUACUGCCAUGGAUGCUACAUCACGCACAUCCACCGAGAUCCGCACACGUAUGACGGGAAUGAGCUCAUGGCGACUACGUGUGAAUGCCAUCCCGAGCCUUCGCGUCUACAAUGGCUAUGGGAUUAUCUGUACCGUGCAGAGUAUCUAGAAACUGAGAAUACUCAAGAGCGUAGACAUGUGUGUAGGCAGUGCAACACACUCAAUGAUCGGGAACUGACGAAGAAGUGGGAUAGGAGGGCGAUGUGGGAGUUGAUGCAUCCGGAGGCGAGGGAGGGGAUGAACAGCUGUGUAAUGUGUAAGAAGGAUGUGAGGGGUGCGUUGAGGUGGUGGGUUUGCGGGGAGUGUGGGUUGGAGUGUACGAGUGGUGUGCACUUGGCUUAGCAGAGGAGGAUGAGUGUGUUUGAAGGAUUGGCUGCGUGACGGUGUUGGAUAGUGAGCAUGUUCAGAGGGAAAAGAUGGUUUGUUCGUGCGGGCGGUCAGAGGU